UUCACUUCACCUCUCUUAUCCUGUCCACCCUAAUUUCUGUUUCUCAUUUCCGCCCACAACCACUUACUUUAUGCGAUUCUCUUCCACUUUUUUUCCUUCCCAGGACGACUGACUUUUCUGCCACAAACAUCCACAUUUUUCGUUUCCCACCAAAACAAAACAAAACAAAACAAACCCCCCACCUUUCUUUUUCAUUUUCUACGCUGAAAGACUCUAAAUUCGAGGUUAACAGUUACCCGGAUUAUCAGAAUGGGCUGUGUUCUUUCCAAGAAAGAAGAAGAAGAAGAAGAAGAAGAUGUGGUCGCAUUGUGCAGAGAGAGGACACGACUUCUUAAAAUGGCGGUUGAACGCAGGUAUGCUUUUUCGGAUGCUCAUUUGAACUACAAUCACUCUCUCUACGCUGUAGCGGCGGCUAUAAGAUUGUUUCUAGCUCGCCAUUCCUCUCCUUCUUCUCCUUUCCUCAUAACUUUCCCUUCUUCUUCCUCUCACCCCACUCUCAACAUUACCGACAACCAAAACUUCCUUCAACACCUACCAACUUUACCCGUCCAUCAAACCCUCCCUUGCCAGCCUGCUACUUGUACUGUCUCCCUAAAAAGAGACGAACGCGUACAAGAACCAGAAACCCAAGUGACUGAGCAACAAAUUAAUGAAGAAGAGGAGGACGAGGAGGAAGAAGAAGAAGAAGAUGAUGAUGAUGAUGAUGAAGUUCUUUGUGAGCAUUUUUAUGAUGAAGUGGUUCCUAAAAUGCCGUCACCAAACAUGGAAUUCGGGUGGGAUUUCUUCAACCCAUUUGAUAAUGGAGUGAGGACGAGGACAGAGGAGGUGAGUGAGCUCGGUCAAAGGUACGAGGAAAAUUUGAGGGCUGUGAGAGAGCAGGAGGGGAUUCCAGAGCUAGAAGAAGACGGAGAAAGAGUGGUGCGUAAAGUCGCGAAAGUGGCUCAUAAGGAAACUGGGGUUAGUGAUGAGAAAACAGGGGAUGAUAAGGGUUUGAAAAUGGUUGAUGAACCAACCAUCGGGAGGGAACUAUUGGAAGCUUUGAAGGAUGUUGAAGACCAUUUUAGUGGCGCUUUAAAUUCUGGUUUGGAUAUUUCCAGGAUGCUAGAGGCAACUAAGGUUCAAAUGCAGUCUGGUUUUGAGGAAAUUAAAGAGAAGUCGAGCAAACUUCUUCGGUCCAUUACUCUGAGCAAAACUUCCUUAUCCCGGUCUUCAUCGUGCAGAAGUCUCCUUUCUUCUAGUUCUAGAAACUCUUCUAUGUGGACCGAUCUGUUUGAUGACUAUGGGGGAAUGGAAUCAGGGAGUCAUUCGCUAACGCUUGAAAGGUUGUAUGCUUGGGAGAAGAAGCUAUAUGAAGAGGUCAAGAGUGGAGAGAAAGCAAGGAAAAGUUACGAGCAAAAAUGUUCCCAAUUGAGAAGAAAAGAUGGUAAAGGAGAUGGACUUUGGCUUGGGGACAAAACCAGAUCUGAAGUAAAGGAAUUGUACUCCAGGAUCUCGGUUGCAGUUCGAAGUGUAGAAUCAAUCUCCAAAAGAAUUGAGAAACUCAGAGACGAAGAGUUGGAGCCACAACUUGUUGAGCUGCUGCAUGGCCUGAUGAAGAACUGGAAGAUAAUGUUACAAACACAUGAAGCACAAACUCAAAUCAUGUUAGACGUGACAGCCUUCAGCUGUCCUGCUAUUGGAAAGUUUCGCAAUGAUUCUCACCGUCUUGCCACUCUUCAGCUUGAGGCGGAACUUCAUAGCUGGCAUGAUUGCUUUGUAGCCUACGUUUCCACUCAAAAGGCAUAUGUUGAAGCUCUUGGUGCUUGGCUAUCUAAAUUUAUUGCUCCAGAGGUUGGAUUCUACUCCAGUUGCAGAUCUUCGCCGCUACCACCAGGUAGGAUCAAUGGGCCACCAGCUCUAGUAACUUGCCAUGAUUGGUUAAUGAGUCUUGAGAACUUGCCGGUUAUGCAUGUAAGAGGUGCCAUGAAAUGCUUUGGGAAGGAUAUUCAUGCGCUGUGGACUCAACAAGGGGUGGAGCAACACCAAAAGAGAAAGGUUGAUGGGCUUGCCAAAGAACUUGACAGGCGAACUUUGGUGCUCCAGAGGGCAGAGAGAAGGAUUCUUGAAGCAAAGAUUUCUGGUAAGGGAUCUGAAUCAGACAUGUUUAAUGGGAUUGAAUACCUGGCAGAAAGGAAAAAGGUGCUGGAUUUGUUCAAGAAAAGGCUGGAAUCAGAGAAAGCAAAGCACCAAAUUAGCAUGCAAGAGACACAGCAAAUCACCAUAAAUGGAUUUCAGAUGGGUUUUUCUUCUGUGUUCCAGUCAUUAGCUGAGUUUUCAAAGAGUUGUGUACAAAUGUAUGCUGACCUUGUGAGACAGAGUGAAAAUGCAGAGGUAGCAAAAGGGGAAGAUAGCAACGAAUCAUACAUAGAAGAGAUUAGCUCUUAUCUCACGAGUUGAAGUGGAUAAAGAACUCAUGCAUGAUGGAUAUCUUAUAUGGAUUUUAGGCUCAUCAGGAUGUGUUAAGGAAAUUUCUGCAGAAUUCCUGUUGAACUAUCUAUGAUGCAUGAGUUGCUCAGUCAAGACAAGGAUUUUGACUCCAGCUCCUAAAUGAAAGCGGAUACAAUAAAGCCAACUGGAUUGGGUGAGGGAGGGGAAGCUUGGAAUAUUACCUAAGUCCCAUGUUAAGUUAUGUUAAAGCUGCAUAGCUAGUCUGAGACAAAGAUCUCUAGCAGGCUCAUUUAGUUGUAAUUAUCUUCGACGGAGUAUGACCAACUGGUCCAGGAAACAUUAGCUACCUCUAGUGUUGAUUGGUUUAGAUACAUUUUGGCACCUAGUUAUUGCCAGUACAGAUUGGAUAGUUAUUUGUUCUUUUGACGGUCUUUCUAAUCCAAUUCUAGAUUGUGAGACUGAAAAA